UUUCGCUUGUCAAAAACUUCAAGUUAAAAUAGAUUUUUCAAAUGAUUUUCUUAAUAAUAAAAAGUUCAUUCCUACUUGUACUAUUUUAAUAUUACUAAAGACACGUUCUAUAAAGGUUAAAGACACUUAAUUAAAGGUAUCUAUGUAGGUGAUGUCAUACACUGAGCUCGAACAUGGCUAUCAAGGUUUGCGACAAGCUACUCAACCGCAGUUUUAUGUCGGUGAAGACGGAAAUCUUGUUCCUAUAAGAUCCCCCGGCGAGUUGGAUCUCUGCGAGUCACUGGACCCGCACGGCGAUGGCGGAGGCAAGAAAGUGGUGGUCGGCGUAUGCGCCAUGGCCAAGAAGUCGCAGUCCAAGCCUAUGAAGGAGAUCCUGACGCGCCUCGACGAGUUCGAGUUUAUCAAGAUGCUCGUCUUUCCUGAGGAGGUUAUCCUGAAGAAGCCGGUCGAGGAGUGGCCAAUUUGUGAUUGUUUGAUCUCAUUCCAUUCGAAAGGCUUCCCCCUCGAUAAGGCAAUCCAGUACGAAAAAUUGAGGAAGCCUUAUGUUAUAAACAAUCUUCACAUGCAAUACGACAUACAGGAUCGCAGGAAAGUAUACGCGAUAUUAGAAAAUGAAGGAAUUGAAAUACCUAGAUAUGCUGUUUUGGAUAGAGAUUCUCCGGACCCUAAACAUCACGAAUUAGUCGAAUCGGAAGAUCACGUGGAAGUAAACGGAGUUGUGUUUAACAAACCGUUUGUAGAAAAACCAGUUUCUGCAGAGGAUCACAACAUUUACAUUUACUAUCCAACGUCAGCAGGUGGAGGAAGUCAACGCCUUUUUAGAAAAAUUGGAAGUAGGAGUAGCAUCUACUCCCCCGAAUCUAGAGUUAGGAAAACUGGAUCAUUCAUUUACGAAGACUUUAUGCCGACGGAUGGUACCGAUGUAAAGGUUUACACCGUUGGGCCGGACUAUGCGCACGCCGAAGCGCGUAAGAGUCCUGCGUUAGACGGAAAAGUUGAGAGGGACUCCGAAGGAAAGGAGAUACGAUACCCGGUUAUAUUGUCUAACCAAGAGAAAUUGAUAUCCAGGAAAGUCUGUCUUGCUUUUAAACAGACCGUGUGUGGAUUUGAUUUGUUAAGAGCCAAUGGCAAAUCGUUUGUGUGCGACGUGAACGGCUUCUCGUUCGUCAAGAACUCCAACAAGUACUACGAUGAUUGCGCCAAAAUUCUCGGAAAUAUGAUACUAAGGGAGCUGGCACCCACCCUCCACAUCCCUUGGUCGGUGCCCUUUCAGUUAGACGACCCUCCGAUUGUGCCCACAACCUUCGGCAAAAUGAUGGAACUGCGAUGUGUGGUGGCUGUAAUACGACACGGGGACAGAACUCCCAAGCAAAAAAUGAAAGUCGAGGUUCGACAUCCAAGUACAAUAUUUUUCAGAUUCUUUGAAAUAUUCGAAAAGUAUGAGGGAUUUAAGCGUGGGCAUGUGAAGCUGAAAAAGCCAAAGCAAUUGCAGGAAAUACUCGACAUCGCUCGCGCGCUACUGGCGGACAUACACACGCGGCAUGCCGACCCCGAGAUCGAGGAGAAGCAAGGCAAACUAGAGCAACUCAAGAGCGUAUUGGAAAUGUACGGACACUUCUCGGGCAUCAACCGCAAGGUGCAGAUGAAGUACCAGCCGCGCGGACGACCGCGCGGCUCGAGCUCCGACGACGGUAACGCGCCCGCCACGCACGGUUGUGAGGGAGAGCCCUCACUCGUGCUGAUACUAAAAUGGGGCGGCGAACUGACGCCCGCCGGUCGCAUCCAGGCUGAAGAAUUAGGGCGCAUGUUCCGCUGCAUGUACCCUGGAGGACAAGGUCGACAUAUACCAGGUGAAGGUGGAACUCAAGGACUAGGUCUGCUCCGGUUACACUCUACCUUUCGACACGAUUUGAAAAUUUAUGCAUCAGACGAGGGCCGGGUACAAAUGACGGCGGCUGCAUUCGCUAAAGGGCUCUUGGCCUUGGAGGGUGAACUGACGCCCAUACUUGUGCAAAUGGUCAAAUCAGCUAACACCAAUGGUCUGCUGGACAAUGAUUGCGACUCAUCUAAAAUGCAGAAUAUGGCGAAGGCACGUCUCCACGAGGCUAUGCAGGUGGACCGGGAGUUUAGCGUCGAAGACCGCGCUCGUAUCAACCCGUGCGCAUCGCUUAGUAUCGCAGCGGCCUUGGACUUCGUGAAGAAUCCCGCCCAGACGUGUGCCCACGUGCACGCGCUUAUCAAACACCUUGUAAGGAUCGUGCUCGCUAAGAAGGAUGAUCCCAAAACUAAAGAUACAAUAUUGUACCAUGGGGAGACUUGGGAGCUAAUGGGACGGCGAUGGGGCAAGAUCGAGAAGGACUUUUGUACGAAGAACAAAACGUACGACAUAUCGAAAAUUCCAGACAUCUAUGACUGCAUCAAGUACGAUCUGCAGCACAACCAACAUACGCUUCAGUUCGACUUGGCUGAGGAAUUGUAUAUUUAUGCUAAAUACUUGGCCGACAUUGUAAUACCGCAGGAAUACGGACUGACAAUGCAAGAAAAACUAACAAUAGGCCAAGGCAUCUGUACGCCACUACUCAAAAAGAUACGUGCCGAUUUGCAAAGGAAUAUUGAAGAGUCUGAAGAGAAUGUAAACAGACUUAAUCCAAGGUACAGCCACGGCGUGUCGAGUCCGGGCCGGCACGUGCGCACCCGCCUGUACUUCACCAGUGAGAGCCACGUGCAUUCCCUGCUAACUGUUCUGCGGUUUGGCGGAUUACUUGAUAUCUUAAACGACGAGCAGUGGCGAAGAGCAAUGGAGUAUGUAUCGAUGGUAUCGGAACUCAAUUAUAUGUCGCAGAUAGUGGUCAUGCUCUACGAAGAUCCGACUAAAGACCCUUGUUCGGAGGAGAGGUUUCAUGUGGAGCUGCACUUCAGUCCCGGGGUAAACUGCUGUGUGCAGAAAAAUCUACCGCCAGGUCCCGGUUUCCGACCACACAGCCGAAAUCAUUCCACGACAAACAACUCGCAGAGUCCCUCCGACGAAGUGAAAUGUAUAGAGGAAGAAGUCGAAGAUGAUCAGAUGGCUAGCCAGGAGACUUUACAACCAGACAUUUUAGACGAAUUGGACAACACGUUUUCACCGAGAAAAAUAUCCAGCUCUAAACUGAGACCGUCAGAUCCUAUACCAAUUUGUAAUCUACACUAUACGGUGAGCGGUCACGAAGCAUCUACUUUGGCAGCGCGACUCAGUGAAGAACUACGUGCUCGCUCGCAUACACCUAACCAUCCGAGUGAAGAAAAAGAGUCUAAAGAUACUGAGGACCCGCAACCUCGUGCGCGCAGCUACGACCAACACAAGCAAACGCACGACAAUGGGCGGCGCCAGCGACACAGCAUCGCCGGCCAGAUGAGCUAUCUCAAGAUGCUGGGGCUAGCGCGUGGCAAGUUGGCCGGCGCGCAGGGCCUGUUCAGCACCGCCGUCAUCUCCGGCUCCAGCUCUGCGCCUAACCUGCGCGUCAUGAUACCAACCGCGUCCAGUAGCAACACUGCGUUGGAAGGUUUCGGAGGAGUGCCGGCCAUUCGUCCUUUGGAAACGUUGCACAACGCGUUGUCGUUGCGGCAGCUAGACGUGUUCCUAGAACGGGUCACGGAAGCUCCAGUACUGCUGGGCACGCCGCCGUCGAACCCCGCACCCGUACUCACCGCCAAGCAACCUUCUCCAACCAAUAGUGUUGGAUGGAGCGGUCCAUCAUCACUGAUGUCUUCAUCCGGAGAGCUUCCAAGUGGUUUGUCUUCAGCCGGCCCGUCCUCGCCGAAUUCUAACUACGCAUCCAAUUCCGAACACAACAAGAACAAUUCCUCGGAAAGUAGCAAUUGGAGUAGAAAUAUGGCGAGCAAAGCGCCCGAGUGGGGCGAGGCGGCCACCUUGUGCGCGCUCUCCAGCGGACUCUCAGCGCUCGUGCCCGCAGCGUGCGCCGCAGGUUCGUCUAUUAGCGGCGACUUGACCCCCGCGUCGCUGGCUUCGGAGUUGGAUUUCCACAGCAACGAGGCGACCGCCGGCUCCAUCACUGACCACGAACUAAUGAGUGCAGAUGGCGAUGAUGAUGAAGAAGAAACUUUAUCGGUUGAUCCGUGUGGUUCUCUCUCCAGAAUCAUAAAGAAUGAUCUCACACCACAAAACGAGUUGAAAUGCAAAAUGAUUAUGGAUAGCGAUGAUUCCCCGACUGUCGCACCCAUCGAUCUCUAUGGUCUAAGCUUCCAAGAAACAAAGGAUAGCUUUUUUAAAGAAAUGCCUUCCAGUAGUAAAAACUUAAACGUAGAUAGUGACAAAAAUAAAUGCGCAAUCGGUCGCUUGCAGUACGCCAGCGACAUAGACUCGCUUAAUCUACAAAGUAGGGAAACUAAAAAGGUCGAAGUACUGAACAACGGCAGUAGAAGAUAUAGUGAUAGUAGUGCACAAAAGAGUAAUAUCAAUUCUCAAGCAGUUUCCGGUACUAGGUUUACGACGACCAUAGUUGAUGAAGAUUUGUUAAGAGCUGGCUCUUCUAGUGAGGAUAAACCUGACUCUAUUGAUCGGAGCCAAAGUGUACCAAAUGAUGGUCCCCUGGUAACUAAGGCUAAACCGCAGAAUGUAAAGCGAGGCUUCACUAUUGAUGAAAAUUAAUAUUAUUACAGAUUUGCACGCUCGCAAUGUAGGAGGCGUUUUCGAGUAUCGAAAUACUUGAACAACACUGUAAAAUGAAUCCUAUCGAUGUUAUUUUUAAGCUCAAAUUUGCCUAUAAUACGACAAGUAGGGCUUGUGGCAGAACGUUUAUAGAAAAAUCAGAAGAACAGGAUUUGCGAAUCUAAAACGAGUGAAAUUAGGCAUAUAUUACAAUGGCGGCAAAGAGUUUCAAAAACGACUUCUCUUUUGCAAGUGAACAAAUCUUCUACGGUUUUUAGGAACACACCAGGAAUGUGACCAUAAUGUUUAUGACGAGUAAUAGCUAUCGACUUUUUCAUGAGAAAAAAGUUUAUGACUUAUUAUAUAAAUAAACAUAACAGUUUAUUUAUGAAAAUUGGUAAUCAAAUUUAUGUCAUAAACUUAUAAUAGUUUAUGCAUCUUUUAUUAAAUUACAAUCAAUGUGCAGAAGAAUUUACGUAAUAUUCACUCUGCGGCUUUAUAUGUUGUAAACAAAAAGAAUGAAUGAAAUUGUUGUUUUACAAAAGAAGGUAACUACAGUACUGCGAUAUAUGGCGCUAACAAAUUAUCAUCAAAUUGAAGCCCUAAAAUAUUUAAGAAUAAUUUAUAUGUAGGUAUUUUUUAUUCCUGUUCAAUGUGGUAAUUAAAGCAGAAGAAUCUGAGUAAAAUUUGAUCUCUUCGACGAUUCCUAUUAUUUGAGAAAAUAAAUUACAUAAAAAAAAGCUGUUGUCAAGUAGCCUGCAAUUUAGAGAGUACAGUGAAAUUGUUUUUGACAAGUGCAUCGCUAACGCACACGCGGUAAACGCAGCAAUGCGUACUUUGCCGGCACUUCUAUACUGACUAUAAGAUAUAGCUAUAAUCUGGCCAUAUAAAGAAUUUCCCGACUUCCAUUGGAUUCAAAACAAUAAUAAACAGUAGAUGUACAAGCGCAAUAUAAAUUUUAAAAACAUUGUUGAGCGCAAAAUUACAAAAAGAAACAGUAUGUUGAUGUAAUAAAAUUUUUUUUAGUGAUAAUAAUAAGAAUUCGUUAGUAGGGUAAAAAACCAGUAAAAAUAUUUUUUCGAAAAGAAACGCCAUUUCAAAGUUACAUCUUCCAUCCAAUCUUUAAUUGCUGCAAGUAUAUUUAAAUUGCUGCAGCACAUUUUGUUUCAAUUUGCAUUCUUUUUAAAUUACAAUAAUAUACAUAAUUAUUUUUUGAAAAUUUUACUAGUUUAUUUGUCAAAAUUUUGUUUCAUUGCUUUCCAUGAAAUAAUUUUUUUUAUUUUUUUAUAUAGAUUUUUCUGUAUAUUAUGAGGAAUACACUAGUUAGUUAUAAUAUUAAUUUACCUUUUCAGAAUCAGACUCUGAGCCUUCAGAGACAAAUGUGUGAUAUUUGUGUAUAAAGCUUUUCGCUUUUAACAUAAAAUAAAAAUAUUUGUAGUACGUAGUUAUAAGAAGUUUGACGAAAUAUAUUGCAUUGGAAAUUUCUUAUA